UUCAGUCGUGAUCAUGGGAUUGGGGUUCUUUCUCUCUCCGUUUCCCUCCACCAUGUACGCCCAACACCGUCGGCACACCCAGGCAUGGCUUCCCGAGUCUACGCUCAUCUUCCCCUCACCCAACGCCGAGCUCCUUUCCGAUGACGCCGAGUCUGAAUCCGAGGACUCGUUCACACUACUUGAGGGUGAUAGCUCGCUAUCGCUGGACUCUGGACUUUGGACCAGCGCCACCGCAGAGUCAGAGACAUCUCCAUCACCCCCGAGCCCCCAGUCGGUCCAUCCUUCGCGCUCCUCUCCUCCAAGCCCAGCGCCCAAAGUCCAGCCACGCAUCUUCCUGUUCUCGCUUCUGUGCCAUCUCUUCGCGGACGAGAGCACGCGACAUCUGCUGGAGCCAUGCCCUGGAAGCGAGCCUGUCGCCUCCUCACUCUUUCCUGGUCCAGCUCUCGCGCUGCCAGUGGAAGCUGCUCCCGAAGAAAACCGAGGACCGCGGCGUCUUCGAGCACAAACAUCACCAUAUCGUUCGCUUCGCGAUGGGCUAAGAACGAUGGCGGACUCGGAGGUCACAUUCCAGACUCUUUGAGCCUCUUCGGUCCAGAUGCUAAAACCUUUCUCGUCCCUCUAUCUCUUUCUUCUCUCUGGGCUCUCGUGUGACGCAGUCAGAAACAGUGUAUUCUCAUACAACAUGGACAUCCCAUACACAGUACUCGCAGUAACAAAUGUAAACCACACCCACCAUGUCUGCGCUUAUCCACAACGUCGAUGUUCUUGCUGAAAGUGUAGAGUCCGCUCUGAACGUGUCUGCUUUCCGCAAACUCGGUGCGGUCAAAAGAAGGAACUUCGCCGUGGACCUUGCGCUGAUAGCACUGGGAUGCCGGUGCGCCGCACGACCUGGCCCGAUCCAAGUCCGUCGAUGACGCGCGCAUUUAUAGCCCGGCUUAUCUCGUGGAUGCCAUCGCAGCUCGGGAUCCGGAAACCUUAUACCCCGGUCUUCUCGAAGACCUCCGAAAAGUACGCCAACCACGCAUUCUCUGCUAUGCACGUCUCCGCUCAUCGGCACAUGUGAAGAGCCACGCGGAAUUUCGCGCGGUGGAGCAUGUCUUUGAAAGCAGCUCACAGCAAUCGUUCUUCGUGAACUGCGAUACGCUGCGGCGACACCUCUGCGAUGGUUUGCUGAGCGAUGUCGCGUUCAUACAGCUUCAGCAGAGCCCGCUCCUGGUGCGCCUCGAGUCGUGAUGCCUGCGAGAUCCCAUUGGCUCACGAGCACAUAGAUGCACGAGCCCCCUCCCGAAAUCCAAGACACGAUUGAGGCGCUGCUCGCCAGUACACCACCUCGUUGGACCGACGAUCUCGACCCGCAGACGAUCAUCCCCGUUGCAGCGAUCCUGCUGGGAUACCCCGUAGCAUACGUUCCUGUGCAGAUGCACGGCGCGUUUCUGGCGGGCGUGCCGCUGGACGUCUACUCGUGCAUUGUGCGCAACGGAACAACUCUAGACGGGCACACGUUCUUGAAGUUCUCCUGCCCGGCAGAUCUCGCAGUGGCUCAUCCUGAAUCUCUUGGGGUAAAUUCGAUCGUGGAGAAGUUGAAGCGGCGAUUCAAGAGUAGAUUAGAGGAGGAAAGGUUGUCGAUGACUGUAGAGGUGACGAGGGAAAUCAUGGACAGAGUUGCGUUGUAAUAGUGCUGACAUCACUUGCUUGCGAUGGUAGAUAUUGAUGGAUGCCUUCUCACGCCCACUCUUCUUGGACGGCGCAGUCCUGUUCAAGCCUGUCAGGACCUAUCUAACAUCGAGUCGCAUAUGUCCCCAUCUACGUGAUGAUCAUCUUCUGCUGCGUCAAUUGCACUUCGAAACAGUCAAGUGGCGUCAUUCUGCACUCACUAUGGCGUAUUUUCGACCGGUCUUGCGACUCUUAUCGAACUGGAGGUGCAGCCUGCAUGUCACGCCCCUCUGUUCCGCCGGCAAAUGUCGAAUUCAAACCUCGGUCGUGAGAUCCCCGGCCCACCGCCCGCUGCUUAUUACCGCCACAGGCUUGGUCAGCGCUUGCACGUGCGGCGCUUUCUCAUCCUCACCAUGGGUCACGUCGUUGACGGAUUCGCGGCGAGGUUCUGGCGUCUUCUGACUGCUGACUACACCGAGGCUAUUUAAAUGGCCUCUCGCUGCGUCCAGCCGUCAAGCACACAUCCACUCGCACCCACCUUUACCUCACACCAGCCAUGUCGCAUCCCGUCGAUAUCGAAUCCAUUUCCCAGUGGAACCAGGUCAUGGAAGCCGCCGAAGCCGCAGGAAAGACCGUGAUUGUUGAUUUCAAGGCGGCGUGGUGUGGCCCCUGCAAGAUGAUUGCACCACGUUUCGAAGCACUGGCCGCGCAGAAUCCGCACGUCCAAUUUGUCGAAGUGGACGUGGACGACCAACCCGCGAUCGCCCAGGCCCUCCAAGUCUCUGCUAUGCCGACGUUCUUCGCCAUCAAGGACAAAGCUGUGGUUGCAAUGGUUCGGGGCGCGGAUACGCAAAGUCUGACCCGCAUGAUCAAGCAGCACGGCGGUCCCAAUCCCCCUGUUCCGACGGAGAAGACUGCACCAGCAGCUGCAGCAGAGCCACAAGAGUCUGAGCCGGCAGUAGCCAAGGCGUGAUGCGUCCUGUCCAUAUCCUUAGCAUACUUUGCAUCCCAUCUUCUGUAUCAGUAGUUCCCGCUCUAUAUAUGUACCGUACCAUUGGCGCCUGCUGUGUGCGCCGACUGCUGUUGAGCCAUCAGAUUCACUGUCUGAGACGAUCAAGUACUGGGCGGUGUCUUUGGCAGAUGUGCUACCGCUGUGUGUUGAUCCCGCGCAUGCUCGACAGAUAAAAGCAGAACAGCACGCGCCGUCUUCCACAUUCCGAUGUUUGUUCCACUCGUCAGUACACGCAGGCUAUCUAAGCGCCGUACCAAAGGAGGCGGUGGCGCAGAGGAGGGGGGGAGCACCGGCGCUGGAUCGUCAGAGAGCGGCUCCGCGGGAGGGAGCGCAGAUGCGGGGGGCAGCAUCAGUAGCCCCAGCUCUGGAUCCUCAUCAAGUCACGACUCCCCAGGAGGGAGCACCAACUCGGCAGGCGAGGCUGGCCCUUCGUUUCCCAUUAGCAGCGGGGGUGGUUCGGGAAAAACGGCAGUGCCGUACGGAGGCGGGGGCGGGCAGGUCGUCACCAUCGCUGCUGGCCAGCCGUUUUCCGGGCGCCAAGAAGGAGGCGGGACGCGCGGUGACAUUUUCGGUUCGAGAACGUAUGGAAGCGGAUAUCCCGGGACGUCUGGCGCAGAUGUGUCUGGGCGCGGAUUCCCGUAUUUCUUUUGGCCUUUGAGCUUCGGGCGCCCUCACCUACACUCAAACCAAGAAUAUGGACGGGCCGACAACAGCAGCCGGCCUGGGGGAGCGAUGAGCACGGCGGCCUUCCAAUCCAACGGCCCGAACGUGACUGUCUUCCGGAUCCUCUCCGACAGCACCACGACCAACGCACUCAUCACCGCCUUGCAAGCCAAUUGCUCGUCCUCGCUUGUUCCCUCCACAAGCGUUACCGCGUCGCCGUACAACGAGACGUCGACAGCACCACCCCAGCCAGAGCAGGUGAUCCAGUAUUACCGCGCGAGCAGCAUCGCUCUGAGCCUGGACGGAUACAACAACUCUGCCGUCUUCCAGGGCGCGGGCGCCCCAGACACUGCCCUUCCUGCAGGAAUCGACACGAAGCUCUUGGAUUGCCUGAACCAGACGAUCGGGCUCAGCGCACCCUUGGUGCUCAACGUCGACGCAACUGCGUCCAGUAGCGCCGGAGAAAACGCCAACGGCGGGCAGCAGGCAGGGAUUUCGUUUUCGGGCUUCACGUUGCUGCUUGUUACAUUUGUGAUAUCAUUAUGUAAUACGUGA